GUAUUUCCUGGGCAGAAAGAUUGUCUUUGAUGCGGAGAACACUAAGCCUUCACGCCCCGACGACAAACAGUUCGAAGUGAUCGGCAUUGAGAGUUCGUUCCAUAUCAGUCAGUUAGUGGUGGGACUGUCAGAUCCCAUGCAGUUGAAACAGGGCCAUGAAAUCACGAUUGAGUUGACCAAGAAGAUCGCUAUGCAAAUCGAUGGCGAGCCGUGGCAGCAGACACCAUGCACUAUACACAUCACGCACCACGAACAAGCACCCGUGCUCAUCAAGCGCAAGCAGGUCUUCUACUAG